AUGGCUGCCCUUAGACCCCUUGUGAAGUCCAAGAUUGUCAAAAAGAGAACCAAGAAGUUCAUCCGUCACCAGUCAGACUGAUACGUCAGAAUUAAGUGUAACUGACAGGAACCCAGAGGUAUUGACAACAGGGUUCACAGAAUGUUCAAAGGCCAGAUCUUGAUGCCCAACAUUGGUUAUGGGAGCAACCAAAAAACAAAGCACAUGCUGCCCAGUGGCUUCUGGAAGUUCCUGGUCCACAAUGUCAAGGAGCUGGAAGUGCUGCUGAUGUGCAAUAAAUCUUACUGUGCUGACAUCGCUCACAAUGUUUCCUCCAAGAACCACAAAGCCAUCAUGGAAAGAGCUGCCCAGCUAGCCAUCGGAGUCACCAACCCUAAUGCCAGGCAGCGCGGCAAAGAAAAUGAGUAG